AUGUCUGACGCCGGUAGCUGUGAGGGAGCGCCAGAGGGUAUGGAGAAGCCAGAGCAACCACUUGAGGAACAGACACCUCCAGCCCCCUCAUCUCGGAUAUCAGUCAAGAAAGCAGUUGAAGUAAUCGAUUCGUUCGAUGAUUACAAGAGGUGGCUCGUUACUGAAAUUGGGUUUGGCGGCAUGCUGAAACUUCCUGCUAUUCAGAAGCUUAACCUGAAGAUCAAUGCCUGGGUUAUGAGCAAGGUAUCCGUUAGGCGUCGAGCAACUGUUCUAUCCGAAUCAAAGAUCACAAAGUUCUUCGCGGAGGAUGUGCACAAGGUGUUUGGUAUACCAUGUGGCCAUCAUAGCGUUAAAGGGCGUGAUGGUUUCAUUAAGCCAGAGGCAAUAAGUUUCAUAAAGGGCACACUAGGGAUGGACAAGACUGGGGUUCAUAGCCUGCGUGCCGCUGAGGAAUUCCUCAUGCGUGAGAUAUCUGAGUCGUCCAGCAAGCUCGAGAAGGACUGCUUCCAAAUUGCAUUUGUCAUUUUUGUGAUGGGUCAUGUGCUGGCACCCAGGACAAAACAUGAUUAUGGGACUAUAAAUUAUUGGGGAGCACUUGCGAACACAAAGAAUAUCUCACAAUUCAAUUGGUGUGAGUUUGUCCUGGAUUUCUUGCUCGAGGCAGUCCGUCGUUUGAAGAAUGAUAUGAUGGCUAAUAAUCCAAACACCAACCUUGUUGGUUGUCAUCUAUUUCUACAGGUCUUUUUCCUCGACAAUGUGGACCUAGGAAUUUUCAAUAAGAAGCAUAAUGUCCUUCCUAGGAUCAGUGAGUUUGACCAGGGCACAAUAAAAACGAUGAUUACAAUGGCAACUGACUUGGGGAAGGGCCCUGCUUCGUACUCAAAAUGCAUGAUCCGUCAGGGUAGUGAUUUGUGCUAUGCUCAUUGCAAUUUAUUUGGAGGUGUUGACGUCGCCACUAAUCAGGCAGCAGAAGUUGGCAAUUUUCAUCAGCCAACCAGUCUUAAUGAGGAGCAUGGAAAUCAAAUGAAUGAAAGAGCAGGGUCGUUUCAUGAUUCUUAUUCAGCAGGAGCCAACCUCAUGGAUGUGCAGACACCACUACGUGUGUUGGGUCCAUUUGAUUUUGCAGACCACCUACGCAAUCGAUACCCAAGUCUGGUCAGGGAUGAGUUAACAUUCAUGCUAAAGGAGCAGAAUGCCAAGUGUUAG